AUGUCGCUGAGCGAAUUGACCAGGAACGCGUUCCAAAGCGGCCUCCCAGCUCAGAAAUGGCUCUCGCUCAGCAAGUUGUUCAUCUCGAAGAACUUGCCUCAUAACACUGCCCAUAGCAUCGAGACCGAUAUUUCGAACUCCGUCUUGACCCUCUUCCUCGACUACCCGGGGGAACCAACCCUCCAGUCAUAUCUCAAGCAUGCCAUUGAGGACGGCCUACUUUCCUUGCCGACGUUUCUCGCUGUGUUCCUGCCCGCCGCACAGUCUCCCAAUUUUCACAGUGCCGCGACCCUGGACAUGCUUUGUCGCGUAGUCCUGGACCACCACUACGCCUCCGGCUCGCCCACCGCCUGGGGCUCGUCCGUGCCUUUCGGCGAGACCCCUGCGCGACUGCUGACAAGCAUCCACUAUGCGAUGUCCCUCCUACGCACCUCCUACAUCAUACCCGUAUCGCCAGUGCACCAGCUGCAUGCAUCUGCAGCGGAGCUCCUGCUGCUGCUGUUAGGGUGUGUGACGGAAGAGGCGCUGGUGUCGACAGCACAAGCGGCUCUGUACUUGAACGAGAUGACCGGGCUCCUGACGAACAUGCGCAUCCCGUUCGAGCUACGGCAAGCGCUGGAUGGGUUCCGGUACAGGCUCUCGAACCUCCUCGGGGACGACGUGCAAGCCGUGCAGUCCAAUCAAAUGCCUCAGUUCGGGCUCGGGAGGGCGGAAUCUGUGUUGACGUCUGGGUCAGAGACGGACAUCGUGACGUUUGGUCUGCUGUUGAACCACUUGAUAUUCAACAGGGCCAGUGACUACGGCUCGGGCGACACCCCACGAGCGGUAGCCAUGUUGGUGGCACUGCUGCGCUCCUCGUCCUGGACACCUGCGGCCUUUUACGCGCAGCUUAUCAUAACAUGCUUGACAUGUCUCACCCAGUCAUAUGGUCCAAGCGGACCCUCCAAAGCGUCGGCGAUCUGGCGAGCGUUCAUCGUUGGCCGUUUACCUCACCUGCUUGUUUUGUUUCGCAAGAUAGGCCGACCUGACAACAUCUCAGAAGCAGACUGGCACCUGGCAUUGCAAAACGCUCUACCUCACAUUACGAGCCGAACUGACCUUCUGGAGAAGUUAGACAACAACGGCCAGACCGGAGGAUCCGACACCGCGAGCGACCGUUCUAUGGUGUCGCAUACGUUCAUAUCUGAAUUCCUCUACCAGUUGCUUUCAGUCGGCAUAAUGGAACAGGGCAAUCUCUCUUCGUUCGGUCCUAACUCCACCAAUGACUUCCAUCCUCGGGUGGCAACCGAUGCCCAGGAAGCAGGCGUGGACCUGAUUGGAUACUUCGAAGGCAAACUGUCAAGCGAGUCAAGCCCGGAGGACAUUGAGGUCAUGUUGUACCGGGCCUGGAAAGAUCCAUGUAGCCAUUCUGCCUUCGCCGAAGUGGUGGUGAAGCGGUUCACAUCAUCGACCAAGAGCAUGGACGCCGAAUCAUUGGGCCUAGUCUGCAGAAUGCUACACAAAAACGACAUGGCGCUGGAUAUGCUGUCUCUACACGCUAAAAUCAUAGACUUGGUGGCGCAUGCAUUAUUGUUCGUCGACGAUUAUGACUGCGAAACGGUCGGCGAUCCUCAAUCUGCGGUGACCUACGUGGGGGAUCUUGGGUGGCAUCCUUUCAGCGUGGGCGAUAAGCGUGUAGGUGUCGACUUCAUGCGUGCGACGACCCUGCAACGCCAGGAAGGAAUGAAGUCAGAGGACGUUGCUGCGGCGUCCGCGUGGACAAAAGCUCUCUUCGACCCCAGCAGUGACGGGAUUGAAGAUUCUAUUCUCAGGUCAAGCGACGAAGCCAAAACAAUACUGAAAAUAUCUCCCAUGAUUUUCACUCUAGCAAUAUAUCACACUGGGGACAAAGAUAAGAAGAUGGACAAAGAGGCAUUGAACAACGGCGUCUCGUACUUUUUGGGACCCGUCCUCAACUGGACGUUGGCCGGGGUUGUUCGAUGUAUGCUUGUAGAGAUUCAGCGACGAUCCUACAAUGCCCCGAUGUUCCUAGACGUGCUCAAGACGAUCGUCACGUCCUCCUCCUGCCCUCCCCCCGUACUCUCGCUCACAGCACCCUUCAUCCUGCGCAUGUUCCCCGACCCUCUUCCUGCGAGCAUCCAGAAGUUCAUGGGCAACUUCGACGUCAAGCCCAUCGUAGAAGCGGCGCGCCGAGCCCUCGGUGCCCCCGCUCCCGCAGAAGGGAUGCCUACCCCGCCGCACGUCAACAUGACCUGGAGCAGCCAGUCGAUCCAGCUGAUCACCGGCGCGCUCACCGCCGAACGCGCAGGCCGCGCCCCCGCGCUCGACGUCGACCGCUGUCUACUGCUCCGGCCCCCGACCAAGUUUCUGACCGACCUCUGGGAGCAGCUCGUCACCGCCGCGACGCACGUUGGGGAAACCGAGGCCCCCCGGCGGCUCGCGACGUUCGUGCUCACCGCACCGCGCCGCCUCGUGCCCCACCGCUGCUCCCGCUGGCACGCACGCGUGACGGUCGACCUGCUCGUGGGGGUGAUCUCGACAUCGCUGACGGUCGCGCUGCACCUCGAGUGGGCGAUGGGCGCCGCGUGCGGGGAGGAGCGGAGCGUGCUCGGGCAGUCGGUCGCGUCGAUGGCGCGCCGGCUCCCAGGCGACCUGCGUCGGCGGGGUGCGGCGUCGGCGACGGCGCGGACGGUGCUCGAGCGGCUGACGGCGAUGCAGCCCUUCGUCGCCAACUUCCCCACCUUCGCUGCUGAGGUCUGA